CUUUUUCGGCGCUGCGCUGGUGGUCGCUGCACCCGCCAUAGAAGAGUUUAAAUUUUGAUUUGAUUUGAAACAACCUAAAAAAACGUGUCAAAAAAUAUAUCUGAGUACCUAUGAGUAUUGUAGGGAAGGUAAGUACCUAUGGUACGCGACAGGUCGAGAUGGCAAUCGGAGUAUGAGGCGGGGGGACGCUUCGCUCAUCCGCACGUCACCCGCGCUAUCACACACCAGGUUAGUAGGAAGGGUGUGCGAGGCGCCCCACCCCGAUUGCCAUGUCGACUUGUCGCGAACUAUACCUACUUAUUAGAAAUAAAUUUAUUCAAAAUCGUUUUGUAGUUUGUGGGCAAUGAUUUAUUUUAUACAUUAUUCAUGAGACGCUGGCGUUUUUCAUGAACUUCUGAAAGAAAGACUAGACAAAGGAAUAUUUCACUCGCUAUUAAAAUAUUCGUGGGUUAAAAAAGAGGCUUUGAUGCGUAAAUAAAUGAUCUACGCGUGGAAAAUAUGGUGCAUUUAAAUCGCUUUCUUAAAAAGUUGUAUGAUGUAGAAGUGAAUAAGUGAAUGUAGAAAAUUGUAUAAUCAAUAUUAACUAGCAACCGCUUCCAAGGUAACUGUUGUAACGCGAAACGAUUUCGCAAUGGCCGGUAAAGGAAAAGGCAAGAAAAAAGAAAAGAAGGACAAAGAAGAAGGCGGGGACAAGAAAAAGGCCAAAAAAGGUGGGGGAGGCCGAGCGAAGAAGGGCAAGGCUAAAGGAAGAUGUAACGUAGACAUGCUCACUGAUGCAGCGAUGGACAAUGUUUACUACGCAUGUCAUAAUGUGCAAGAAUUGCUUCAAGCCCGAGGGUUUUGCCCCCCUGACUUUAAUAAGAAGAAGAAGAAGGGAAAACGAUAAUAUUUCAACCACUUGGAUUGUACUAUUGCAAAAAAAUAUUGUUUAUGUUAUAGCAUUCGUUGGAUCUACGAAUUAUUUUCAUAAUGCUGGACUGGGAUUGUUGCCGUCUUUACAUUAUUCUAGUCAGGUAACCAUGGAAUGAAUAGCAGGGAUCUAAAGGGUCUAGCCGAUUCCACACACUAUACCUAUUAAGGCACGCUGAAUUGAAAAUACAUAUCACUAUCUACUGUUGCUCCUUAGUAACGGCUAAUCCACCACCAAAUCAAAAUGCUGAUGAAUUAUAUCGCUAGACUGGAAUGCUGCUGGAAUAAUUGGAACCUUUGUUGGAAUCAGACACAAGGAAGGAUACUCGUGAAUUCCGCAAAGCU